AUGUGGGACCAGGACUACGCCAAGAUGGCGUAUCGCAUUCAAGCGAGCGAGACGCGGGAGUACCCAGAGGAAGGUUCGGUAUACAUGCUCUCCGAUCUUGGGAGUGGGUUUUCGGAAUGGGGUACAGUGUUACGAGUAUAUUAUGCUCUGGUGACCAAGAUGCAUGGAACGGCGGAGGAUUUUGGAGGCUGGGUUGCCGCGCGAUGUGGGGAGGAUGAUCGCCAACCACGCUUUGAAAAGUGGGAGGGGAUCGAUUCGAAAGUAUGGAUUGAGCUCACCAUCCCGAAGGCAAGGUGUAUGCCGUUACUUUGUAUGGAUCCUGAAAAUCCCAUGGGUAGCACUGCAAACCUAUCAUCUUCGUUUGCAGCGUGGACGCUAGCUAUGUCCGUGAUCUAUGGCACGAUCAUCAUUCCUUUCGUUGACCUCCAAGAAGCGGAAGGCACUAUCGCUCCCCAUGGUUACAAGCACCUCAUUGCGCAAUGUUCAGACACGCUUGGAGGCGUGUUGGAUGAAGAGACUCACUGGAGCGACGAUGAACGAGCUUUUAGUUUAACGUCGGACAUUGGAAUGGCAUCGUGCAUAAAUCACGUCAGUCCUUUGGUACCACUCGUGGCUGCAGAACCGUUUCCUUCAGGGAAAAAUGCAUGUAAACCCUGGUGCUACCACGGCUUCAACGCAGUUUGGUACCACACCCCAUCGACCUCCCCAGUAGAUUCAGGAAUACUCGAAAUGGAUAGGGAUGAAUGGCUUCGCUGUUAUCACGACGUUAUUGUAACCUACAGGGACUACGACGAUAAACGGUAUGACGAGGUGACCCUCUCUUCUCCCAUAGGGACAGGUCAAAAGGCGUCCAUUCUAGUGCCGAAGCAACAGUCCUACACCGGCAGGAAGCCCGUCAUACCAUCCGAUCUCGCCGACACUCACUGCGCCGAGCUCGGCAUUCAUAGUCUGGCCGGGGUCCGGUUCGGUCCAGGUUCGCUCCCCAACCCCCCGAACCUCGAACCUGAACCUCAGGUUCAGGUCCACAAGGUUCGAACCCGGUCCGGACCCGGUUCGGACCGGGUUCAUGCGGUCCUGCACCGGACCGCGGCCAGACUAGGCAUUCAGGGACUCUUGGGGAAGCUCAACGCCAUCCUCGGCACGUCAUACACUCAGGGCACUGCGGGGGUAUACUCUAUUCUUGAGUACUGCAUCUCGAAAAACUAUGACUUUGGGACCGCAUACGCCCAUCUCCGCCUGUUCUGGCACAACGAGUCUGACUUGACCACCAUGAUAGAUGAUUUACUCGAGCGCGAUGUGCAGCACCGAAAGAUGUUGCAAGAUGUACUUGUCGAAGACAAAAUCAUACACUCGUACGUGCCCCCUCGGCGCAUCUGGGAUCUGUAUAGUGAUCGGGUAGUGCCCUGGUGGGCGGUUCGACAAUGGCCGUGGGGGAUAUCGCAUGCGUGGGUGGAUGAAGAAGAUCGUGAGGAUGUGUUGACACCUGUCAACGAUUAUGAAUGGCCGGUGCUAAUGCCUAAAGGCACCAGCCUGAAUUCCAUCCGGAUCGAGAUGCUCAAUCUAGGAGCAGAGUACGUGUGGCUGGAUGUGCUCUGUUUGAGACAGAAAGGCGGACCAAGGGAGGAUCUGCGUGAGGAGGAGUGGAAGGUGGAUGUGCCCACCAUCGGAAGAGUCUAUGUCGAGGCCAAGAAAGUAGUAUGCUACUUGAGUGGGCUGGGACGGCCUUUGAAUUCCGAGGCUGACGACUUUGAGAAUGACCACUGUUGGUUCAAGCGUGCAUGGACACUUCAGGAGAUCAGCAGACAUUCAAUCAUUGGUGGGGACACUGGCGACGAAGAGUUAUGCUUAUGGACGAGGUUUGGGAACCAACUGUCAUCGCUGCAGAAGAUACAUCGUGGACUGCAUGUAUAUGACGUGCUGUCGCAGAUGCAGAAGCGGGUGUCGACAAAUUCUGUGGAUAAAGUUGCGGGGAUGGCAUACCUUCUGCUUUCAGACUCUAUACCGGCAUACUACGGAAAGCAGUCUGAGGAGGAUGCGUGGACAGCACUGGUGGAUGUGACAGUGAACUUGGUUCAGGGGGAUUUGCUCUUCCUGUAUCCUGAACCGGGGAACGGAAACAAGAUUUGGCGACCGUCAUGGAAACAGGCCAUGACCAAGCCAUUGCCAACCCUAUCGGAAGGGCCGUUGAUCGACUAUCCUGACAAUAUCGAUGAUGUUGAUGCGUUCUACAAUGGAUACGUCAUUGAAUCGGCAUUCGUGCGAGGAUUGUCUGAGGGAGACUCACAAGGGCAGGACCGACGGGGAGAGUUCAUUGUCGAAGACGACACCGGAACGGAGUGUAUAUUCAAUAUUGUCGCUCGUCAUCAGUACCCAAUACUAGGUGGCUCAUACACAUUAUUAGGCACCUCUAUGGGUGUAGGAGUCGAUGAUGACCCGAUAUUCUGGGUAGUCGGAUGGAGACUACCAGAUCAGAGGCUAAAGAAGUUGUCGGUGUUCGAAAUAUACGAAGGCAUGAACUCAUUGGAGUUACGGGGCAUUGCAACAAAGACUUGUACAACUUUUCUUGCCUGA